GAUCAAUUGAGACCUUUUCUCAAGCCUUGAAGAUUGAAGAACGGUUUUUAGGUUAUGUAGUAACAGUGAAUUAGCCUAUUAUGUUUAUAAUAUUAAUUAUUAUUGAAACAUUCUUACAAUGAAUGUUCUAUCAAUGUCUUAUGCCUCUUACUAUUCAAUUUUUAUUGUCAUAUAGAUUAUAAUAAUUGUUUCUGUUCAUAGUUCAAUGUGUUCCAGGAAGAUUUAUCAAGAAAAUGUUUAGUAACAAUUUGAGGUUAUGUUAUGCUUGAAUACUAUGCCAUGUAUUGUAGUGUUUAUCUUUUAAUUACUUCUUAUAUUUAAUUCUCCCAAUUAAGAACUUCUUUUUAACGCUUAGAAUGUUGUUUCAAGUUCCGGUAUCCUUCCUGAAAGGGAAAAGUUGUCGUGUGUUUGUGGGUACCGGUAUGCAUGUUGCUCAUUACAGAACAAGUUUGCAAACACUUACCGUUAUUGCUAAAAAAUCAGAUACAAAGGAGUACGCUUUCCAAACAUUUACUGGGAGACCUACGUUGGAAAUGAAUAAAUUUUUGUAUGGAUUUUCCAGAUCAGAAAAAAAUAAUCCUUUUAGGUUUUGUGCAAAUUUUUAUUCUAGCAAUGCAAAUCCCAACAAAACCUUACAUGACAUUAUAGAAGAGAAAAAUAAUAGAUCAUUUCUCAAGCGGCAAAUGGUUGACGAUACAAAUGAUUAUAUGGAACAUCUAUCAACAAAAACAAAUAUUUCAGUAGAAGAAUGGUCUAAACUGAGAGAAAUGUUAUUGCAAACAACUCAGUUCAAUACUACUGAGAAGAAUGUUGAAACCGUUCUCAUGAAGCUGAUAAAUCGAUACAAUAUUUUCAGGUUUGCAAGAUUGUAUUUCAAUCACUUGAAAUCAUUGUCUGUAGCCAUCAAUCCAGCCACCCUUGCUUUGUAUGUGAGGUACAUGUACAGCUUUAAAGAACAGUGUACAGCAGAAGAUUUCUUGGAUGCUGAAGAAAUUUGCCAAAAGUUGUUAGAAUCAUCACCAAUGCUUUCUCCGACUACCGCUGAAAAUGUUAUUUGCGGAUUUUCAGUUACCAAAAACUGGGAAAAGUCUUUGGAAAUUUUCAAUAAGAUGAAAGAAUUUGACCUUUCAAGGAAAUCAUAUAAUGCUGUAGGAGAAGCAUGCUUUCGCAAUAGAAAAUUCGAAACUGGUUGGGAAAUAGUUGAAAGCUUUGGCAAGAACAAUUGGCAACUAUCUGACAAUCUUACAAGCUCUGUCUUGUCAGAUUCAUUGGAUAAGCGUGAUGCCAUAAUGAAACUAUUGAAUUAUUAUAAAAAGUAUUUUGACAGACCAAAUUUGGAAUGCGCCCAAAAAAUUCUGACCAGUGCAACACAAGUGAGCAAAGGAAGGAUUAAACCAGCUUACACCAGAAUAAAUGAUAGGGGAAUUUGUCAGAACUGUAGAAAAAGGUUGGUGAACAACUCAGUUAACGAGGAGGAGUAUGAGAAGCUGCGCUCUUCAUUUCUGAAUCCAGUGCUCAUUGGACGUGAUAUCUUCCAAAAAUCAAAUCCUGAAGAGCUGAGCGAUUUCCAGCGUAUAUUGAAGAGUCACACCCCAUUCGACUUUGUCCUAGACGGGCUCAACAUUGCCUACUCCGCCACAACAGCUAAAUGCAAGGACAAAACUAUAUUGUCCAGAAACCUUCUAUCAGUGGUGAAUUUCCUACUGAAACAGAGGAAAAAGCUGCUAGUGAUUGGAAGAAAGCAUAUGAUGAAUUGGCCGAGACCCUUCAUGGAGGAAAUGAACAAGAAAUGCUAUUUCUUUCUAGCUGAAGACGUAACGCAUGAUGACACGUAUCUGCUGUAUGCGAGCUUGUACAGCGGAAUCCGCACCAACUUUGUUAGUCGGGAUCUAAUGAGGGGCUACCGAUAUUUAUUGAACAAUCCUGAACUCGAGUCGAUAUUUUGGCGAUGGCAGUACCAGCACCAGUAUCUAGUUGUGUCUAUCAGGCAUAAUGGCGCUGUCGAAUUCCAGACUCCAGUUCCGUACAGACAAGACUGUCACAGCUUGGAGGAGGAUGACAGAAUAUGGCAUGUGCCUUGUCUUGAAGAAGUCAAACCAAACACACCUGGCUACACAAAACUCAGCAACAAAACCUGGCUAUGUCUGCCUUUGGAUAGGUAGAUGGACUGUAAAUUAGAUUAGUAUGUAUUGUUCUUGUUAGAAGUAAAAUUGUAAAUCUUUUUUGAUAGAAUAAACGUGAAUUUAUACUGAACACAGA